UUUCAAUUGAAUUUUUCGAUUCGAGUCACAAACAUGUUUUUAUUCAUAAGUGCAGUUAUAUUUAUUUCCAUAAAUUUAAUUACUGCGGCCACAAAUCCAGAUGAAGUUCUUAAUCUGCCUGGUCUCACUUACAAAUUAAAUUUCCAUCAUUAUUCAGGAUACUUAAAUGCUUCUUCUGGAAAAUAUUUACACUAUUGGUUUGUGGAAAGUCAGAAAAACCCUUCAGAAGAUCCAUUGGUUCUCUGGUUGAAUGGUGGACCAGGAUGUAGUUCUUUGGAUGGUUUGUUAAGUGAAAAUGGACCAUUUCAUGUUAACCCAGAUGGAAAAACAUUGUAUGAAAAUGUUUAUAGCUGGAAUAAGGUAAAAUUAAUUAAUUAA